GCAUGCUUGACCGAAAAUAAUAUAGAUGCUGAUUUGUUUGCAAUUCGUGCCGGGAUUAUUAUUAGUUUAUUUUCCUAUCAACUAAUCGUUUCUUUUAUGUAGUUGCUUUUUAAGCCAUGAAAUUAUGUACAUGAAACUAUGUACCAAUUUUAACGUAAUGGUUAAAGCGUAAAUAAAGUUUAAAAAAAAUAUCAAACAUCUAAAUCUUAUCGAAACUGGUCAAUAUUUAAACUGCUUAAUGAAUACUAACCUUAAUCUAAAACUAUCUGCCAAAAGCCUAGCAUUAGGCGUAGUUAACAAAACUUAUAAAUAGCGAAAUGUAUCCCUUGAUAGGUUAGAUUGCAACAAAUUCUAACAAAUAACAAUAUGAAACUGUAUUGCCUCAGCAGCGACGCAUCGAAACCAUGUUUCGUGUUGUCAUUCAAAGAGCUGUUAAUAAUGUUGGACUGCGGGCUGUCGGCACACUCCGUGCUGAACUUCCUGCCGCUGCCCCCGGUGCCCAGCACGCGCCUGGCCUCGCUGCCCAACUACACCCCACCACACAUUAAUGAUCCUCUCCUAGAAGGGGAGCUCAAAGAAUGCUGUGGUAGAGUGUUUGUGGACAGUGUGCCAGAGUUCUGCCCGCCGCUGGACAAGGUAGUGGACUUCUCACAGCUGGACGUCAUACUCAUCUCCAACUACACCUGCAUGAUGGCUCUGCCCUUUAUCACUGAAGAUACUGGUUUUAAGGGACAGGUGUAUGCCACUGAACCCACAUUGCAAAUAGGAAGGUUCUACCUGGAGGAGCUGUCGGAGUGGCUGUCGGGCGGCGGCGGCGGCGGCGCGGCGCGGCGCUGGAAGGAGCUGGUGCACCUGCUGCCGCCGCCGCUGGCGCUGGCGUCGCGGCCGCGCGCGUGGCGCCGCCUGUUCUCGCCCGCCGCGCUGGCGCGCUCGCUGGCGCGCGUGCGCGUGGUGGGCUACGACGAGCGCCUCGACAUCUACGGCGCGCUCGACGCCACGCCCGUCAGCUCGGGCUUCUGCCUCGGCUCCGCCAACUGGGUGCUGCGCUCCGCGCACGAGAAGGUGGCGUACGUGAGCGGGUCGAGCACGCUGACGACGCACCCGCGGCCCAUCAACCAGGCGGCGCUGCGCGGCGCCGACCUGCUGGUGCUGGCCGCGCUCACGCAGACGCCGGCGCACAACCCCGACCACAUGCUGGGCGACCUGUGCGUGCACGCCACGCUCACGCUGCGCGGCGGCGGCUGCGUGCUGUGCCCCGUGUACCCCAGCGGCGUGCUGUACGACCUGCUCGAGUGCCUGUCCGCGCACCUGGACGGCGCCGGGCUGGCGCACGUGCCGCUCUACGUGGUGUCGCCCGUGGCCGACUCGUCGCUCGCCUACAGCAACAUCCUCGCCGAGUGGGUGUCGGCCGGCAAGCAGGCGCGCGUGUACGUGCCCGACGAGCCCUUCCCGCACGCGCAGCUCGUGCGCGCCGGCCGCCUGCGCCACGCGCGCGCGCUGCACGACCUCGCCUUCAGCGCGGACUUCCGCCAGCCGUGCGUCGUGUUCUGCGGCCACCCGAGCCUGCGGUUCGGCGCCGCCGUGCACCUGCUGGAGCUGUGGGCGUCCAACCCGGCGCACGCCGUCAUAUUCACCGGUAAUAUUCAUGACACUAUCGUCACUUGCUACCUUUUAAAAAACACGGUAAUAAAAGGAGUACUGCUACUCGUUACAUUAUCAUGUUUAGAGAAUUAUCUGUUUGCGCCGCUGGCGGCCGAGCUGCGCGUGCGCGACGCGCGCGUGGAGCUGGCGCCGCCGCCCGCGCCGGCCGCCAGCGCGCGCCUGCACUGGAGCGCGCUGGACGUGGAGGCGCUGGUGCGCGCGCUGGCGCGGGAGGGCGUGGGCUCGGCGCGCGUGGAGGCGGGCGCGGACGGCUGCAUCGUGCACCUGCCGCGGCACGACACGCUGGUGCACGUGGAGCGCGGCGCCACGCACGUGUUCUGCGAGGGCCGCGCCGACGUGCGCCAGGCGCUGCGCCGCGCGCUGGCCGCCUGCCUGCCGCACAUAUGAGCCGCGCCGACUUGCUUGCCUCCACCCGACGACGCUCGACACGUGCCGUAUUUUGUCACGUCACGUUUUUAUUUUGCUGUCUUUACCGAAGCUAAUAAAAUAUAAUUAUUUUUA